AUGGCGGAGAUGCGGUUUAUGUCCGGCAUAGCCCGGUUCAUUCCUGCGGUGGGAUAUCACCAUGUUCUCAUGUUAUUCAUUGCGCUCUCCAUUCUACUACUAUCUCUAUUACUUGCCGGAUGCUCGUCAUCGUCUCCACAGAUUCCCAGCAUUUUCCUAAUAUCGAUGUUCUACGAGAAAUACCCAGCCGUCAUGAGUACUGCGCAGGCGGACCCUGGACUCGUACCGACAAUCGCAAACAUAGUCGGAGGUGCUCACUUGGAAGUCCGGGUAGGGUACUUUGGAAUCUGCAUCCAGCGAAACGGGGGUGGUUUCCUCUGCAACCAGAACGCGACUAUCCUGGCCGAGUCCCUUGGUGUCGAAAGUGAUCCCUUAAAUCUGAUCUGGGUCGCAUCAACAUUCAAGGAUGCGGUGGUAUUUCCAUAUCUCAUCAUCGUCGCGUUAAUCUUCGCAUUCCUCUCCUUCCUCCUCCUGGCGACUUUCCCCGGCUGGCAUGAAGAACUCAACCAACAAGGCUCGGACAUCGAAGUAAAGCCGUUCCCAUCCCGGCCUGUAUCGCAAGUCGCCCUCGCACUGAUCUUCGUUGCGUCCGUCUUCAUCCUGGUGUCGGUCCUCUGGCAACACACGGCGUCGGUGGCAGCCAGUACAAUAGCGCAAGACCUGGGGAACGGCAGCGUGAAGAGUGGCGUCGGCACGUCUGCCAUGCUUCUGGGCUGGUUUGGCUUCGCCUUCUUCAUCAUCGUCUCCAUUGGCUUGCUCUGCAUGAUCUUGAGUAUCAGCUACUUCUCACAGAUAACAGAUGAUUAA